AAUAUUAGAACUGCAUUCUGUUUGAAAGCAAUAUUUUGUUGAAUUGGUCGGACUAUCUGACAUUAUAUUAUGGAUCCAAAUUCAUCUAGUCUGGCUACUCAACUUCAUAGAUUGUGUUUGAGUCUGUCAUCUGACCCUGAUGGUGCAUAUGAGUUGGCAGUGUCAUAUCUAUCUUCUACUGCAGAAAAGACUAGGACUCUGCAAGAUGAGAGAUUGCUCUAUCAAAAAAUUGUUGCACGACUCAGUCAUUCAAGCAGAGAUGUGGACAAAUUUAAUGAAUGCUAUGCAAAGUUAAAGAAUUCCUUUAUAUUAAAGCAGCGAGUGUCAGUAUUGUCAUUACUAUUAGCACUAUCAGAGACUGUACAUCAAAGUGAAUCAACUCACCAGCUGUUUCCUAUACCACAGCUUGCAAAUACUAAAUCAACAAUUGGUCUGUCUGGCGGACCAUCUAGUUCCAGUAAAAGCACAAUAGGGUCAAUGAGCUGGGGUAGUAACCAACCUAAGCAGCAACUCUCCAAUCAAAGUCUCCAAUCCAAUAAUAGUAAUCUGCCUCUUGCUUUGCAGUCAACUGAUCUCUCCACCGAACGGACGUGCGUCAGAGAUGUGGUGCUGGCAGUCACUGGAGUAAAAGUCAGUGGUGCGGGUGGUGGGUCGCGACCUCAGCAGAUGUUAUACUCACGAAUAGCACAUCUCGGCUUCCUGCAUGACCGAUUGAAGGAAUUUAUUGAUCCUGCAUCAGGAUUGAUGCCACAAGGUUUAAUGGGCGAAGGAUUGGUUGCAUCAAUAAGAGAUGAACUCACUGAAUAUUAUCGGAGUGUUGCUCUUCUUCAGUCCCAGACUUGCGAGGGCGACGGCGGCGGCGGUACGUUACGCCGCGUCUGCGUGUGGGCUCAAGAACCCUUACAUCGCCUCACCUGGCUGGCUAGUAUAGCUCACACGGCCCACCACAAAAAAGGAGGGGAGUUGGCGUCGUGCGUACACAGGUUCGUGAGUCACGGCGACGAUCGCGUGUCCGCACUCGCGCGCCGCUUGCUGACCGCGCUCACUUACCCGCUGCUGCUCAUGCUCACGAGAUGGCUGCUGCAUGGGGAAAUAGACGACCCUUUCAAUGAGUUUUUCAUUGAGAGCAGAAGUGGCGUGCCGAUAGACAGAAUGUGGCACGAUAAAUAUCGCGUAAGGGAAUGGAUGGUGCCAUCAUUUAUGUCUCGUGAACAAGCGGCUCAGAUUCUAGCGACGGGGAAGAGCGUAGUGUUUAUGCGAGAGGCGUGCGCCGACGAGCCGGGCCCCAGUGACCACGCCCAUCACCUGGAGGCACUUCUCAAAUCACAUAGUGGUAUGAUGGUGUGGUCAGGCGGCGCGGCGUGGUGGGAGGCGGCGGGCGUGUGCGCGGGCGUGGCGGGCGCGCACGAGGCGGCGGCGCGGCGGCUGGUGGCGGCGCUCACCACGCACCACCACCUGCUCGACCACCUCGCCGCGCACCGCCGUUACCUGCUACUCGCGCAAGGCGACUUCGUGCACCAUCUCAUGACGCUGCUGCGGGAUGAAUUGAACAAGCCAGCGUCAUCCCUAUAUGUACACAACCUCACAUGCACGCUAGAAGCCGCCGUGCGGGCGACCAAUGCGCAGUUUGAGCCGUCGCACGUACUGGCACGACUCCACGUCAACCUUUAUCCAAACUGUGAUGGGCGUGACGACUGCGGAUGGGACGUGUUCGCUUUGCAGUACCGUGUUGAUGGCCCGUUGGGCACUCUGUUCCCGGCGACGUGCGCCGCGAGGUACCGCGCGCUGUUCACGCAACUCUGGCGAGUCAAACGCAUCGAGUACAGCCUGCACGACGCCUGGCGCGAACACACUAUACUACAGAAGCGUUUGAAGUACAUGCCAGAAGUGUGGGGCCUGAUGCGGCGCGUGUCGUGCCUGCGCGCGGAGGCGCUGCGGCUGUGCGGCGCGCUGCAGGAGGCGAGCUGUGCGGGCGCGGAGCCGGCCUGGGCCGAGCUGCUGGCCGCCGCCGCCGCGCGCGACGACCUCGACCGCCUCCUGCGGCUCCACCACGCCGCGCUCGAGCGCCACUCCAUACACGCCAUGAUACACCACACCACACAGGAACUGCAAUCAUAUUUAGGCAAUGUAUUAAAUGAAACCUUAGCACUGCGCAGUUUCGAAACUACUCUGCACACAGGGAUCAUCGCGGAGCUUGAACGUCGAGAAGGUAUUGAACAGAUGAAAGCGGAACGCGUGUCAAGAGGUGAAUAUGCAUUUACUGCGGCAGAUGAGGCUCAAGAUAAGGAAAAACGAAAAAUUUUUCACCAAUUCUUAGGCAGUAGAAAAGCUGAUUUGAAUGUUUGGGCUCGUAGUUAUAGGGGUCACGUGACGACACUAAUAUUGAAGCUUGCAUUGCACACCGAGGUGUCUCUCCAAACUCUUGCGUUUCGUCUUGACUAUAGCGAUUUCUAUAAGCGCGGUGAUGCCAAACUACAUGAACCCCUCACCUAUCAACAUAAGCGACUCAGUGAGAUCGGGCUCAAUUUAGCAAAGAAUAAAUUGAUUAAUCGUUCAAGAAAGAAGUGACAAUAUUGUUGUGAGGAGCCUGUUAACUGCACACCGUGCUUGGGCUUCGUUUGCAUCCACGUCAAAUAAUCUCUAUUUAAAAAUUCUGCACAUUACUGAUCAAUAUCAGUUUGAAGUUUCACAUUUAAGAUUAAAAGAAUUGAUUUAAUUCGAAAUCACGCGUAUAAUUAGUUGUUUUUAAGUUACUGUAACUAACUAAGGGUUAUAUAGAUUAAUAAGUUAUAUAAUAUUAUACCAACUAAAUAACAGCUCUCUUUUAGUGCCAUGGAAUACGUCAUGCAACUUC